GGAAACCGCAUUACAAACACAUUGAUUCCCCGAAGUGGGAAGUGAAACCAGCUUUAGGUACUUGAUACAAAGCCUUAUUGAGCACCUGGACAUUCUGCUUGUGGUUUGUCAUGAGUGGUUGUGGUUUGUCAUAACAGAGUGUUGGACCGUAAGAGAUAAGAAGAUUACAACUCUCGUCGGCAGCCUGGGUUGACUUUGUCUGGGGAUUGUUUGUGGGUUUUAGUUUAGCCUCUGGAUCUGGUGUGGUGCAGCUACACUCAGAAUGACUACAGUGGUUCUAUGGCUCUUCAUUGUGGCUGGAACGUGCCACAGCGUUCUCUGUUCAGAGGACCACCUGCGCGACAUGGACAGUUUCAUAAGUGCUGUAGAGCAGGCUGAGGGCUCUAACCCAGACCUGUCCCCACUAGCCCUUGUGAGGAGGCUCCGCAGGACGGCCGGACACGAGGACCCACUCACCCUGCACUUCCUGGGGGCCUCCAACAACAUCAGCCACACCCACACCUCCGUGUUCAACACCACUCUCUUUGGCUUCUUCGACAAAGCCAUCCACCAUUUUGUGACGGACCGUGGUGAGGAGAGAGGGGUUGUUCUGACCCAAGAUGGCACCACAGUGGCCAUCGCUCCCAUGCUUCUAGGCAUUGAGGUGGGUCUGAAAGCUAAGCUUGAGGGCACCCCUCCUCUGGGCAUGUUUCCCCUCACCUUGGCCAAAAACCUAGGGUUGUCGUUCCUUAGCCUCCAGGACUUUCCACCCGCUCAGCGUCUGGGGCCGGAUGGCUGCUGGGACAACUUGACCAACCCAAGGGUGUUCAAGCUGUCUAGGGUGCCCACCCUGGCCACCGAUGCCCUGGUCAAUGGGGGAAUGGAUGGGUCCAUUUUGGGCAUGGAUCUUGCCACCCUGGCCCCCUCUGAACAGCCUGGUAAACUCAGCGAAGUGCUGAAGGGUUACUACAACCAUGUCCUGGAGGGGCAAGACCUGGGGGUUGUAUCCAGCCACAUCAGCCCCAAGCGUAGAGAGAUUUCCCAAGCCCUGCUGGGCACCCUGGACACCCAGAGGCAAGUGAUGGAGACCCUAUACCUGGUGUGGAGGCUGGAGGACACUCAGUGGAUAGCCAAGGAUACAGGGGUGGAAAAAGCAGUGAGAGACGGAAUGCUGGAAUUUGUCCACAGAUACUGGGACUGCCCUCCCAUCAUCCCACGGUGUCAGUGGGGGGCGGCACCCUACCGAGGGUCUCCCUUCCCUCUUGCCCUGCCCCUCCCCUUCCUGUAUAUCCACCACACCUACGAGCCAGACAGGCCCUGUCACUCCUUCAGGCAGUGCUCCAGGAGCAUGAGGGCCAUGCAGCGCUUCCACCAAGAAGACCGCGGCUGGGCCGACAUCGGAUAUAGUUUUGUGGUGGGUUCUGACGGGUACAUCUACGAGGGGCGCGGCUGGCAUCACCUUGGCACCCACACCAAGGGGCAGAACCCUUAUGGUUACGGCGUGGCCUUCAUUGGCAACUACUCCUCCUCUCUGCCCUCACGCCACGCCCUGGAUCUGGUGCGCCAACACCUGGCCAAGUGUGCAGUGGAUGGCGGGCGCCUGCAGGCCAACUUCACCCUCCAUGGGCACCGGCAGCUGGUGGACACCUCAUGUCCAGGAGACGCCCUCUACUCAGAGAUCAGGGGCUGGGAGCACUUUGGGGAAACCAGCUCAUCGAGAAAUAAGGACCAGUGAAGAACACAAGCAUGUAAAAAGCAGUGUGGAAUUAAACCAAUUUUGUCAAAAUAUCUCAUUGGAUUGUAUGGGGGUAUCAAUUUGUUAUGUCCAUGAUAAUAGUGUGUUUUAGAGUUAUAACAGGAUAUAACACUCACCCUUAUGGUUGUCACUGCUUCACAUUACAGUAUUGUAACACAACAGAGAGACAUGUACAUUAUACUGAACAAAAAUAUUAGAGCAACAUGUAAAGUGUUGGUCCCAUGUUUCAUGAGCUGAAAUAAAAGAUCCGAUACAUUUUC